AAAAUGCUCAAAAUCAUGGUAAAUGUCUUCAAGUUCAAGUCAUCUACCGCAACAGAAAAGUCCUAUUUUCUCUCCCCAAGAAAGCAAGGAAAUGAUGUGUUUUCUCUCUUUUAUGUGCUCUCUGAGCUUGUUUCCAUCCAUAUAAGAUGGACUGACAGUGCACAUGUGUUUCAUCCUCAGGUUGUCCAAGGCCUGGUCAUUGGAAAACUCACAAGCCAUUGCACGGAGCAGACCCUGCUCAGAUUCAGCAUCCUCCUCUUUGCUGGCGUGGGGCUGGGCAUGGCCCUGAUGAGGACUGUAUGGCAUUACUGCAUCAUCGUGGUGCCGCUGGUAUUUGCCUUCAACGUGCAGGGCACCAUCACUGACAGCAUCCUCACCAAGGCCGUGUCCUCCUCUGACACCGGGGCCAUGCUGGGGAUCUGUGCUUCUGUCCAGCCCUUGACGAGGACGGUUGGCCCAACCCUUGGUGUCAUUCUGUACAGGCAGUUUGGAGUCUCCUCCUUCGGCUACUUGCAGCUCAUUGUCAACGCUGGUUUGUUUGUUUAUCUCUUAAAGAGGAAAAGCCCACUGAGAGAGACAAAAAGCCACUACUUCACAAAAGCUGCCUCUUUCUUUUUUUCCACAGAAAUAAAGAAAGUAACGUUGUUGUGUAUUCUCUAGCAUUCUUGUGCUGGAGGCACAACCCUGUGCUGAGCCCCUCCUGCUCUCACUGCAGGCUGCUCAUAACUAAAUACCUUGCAGCUGCCUCCAAUAUAAAAUCUCAUGCAAGAAUUAACUGAUAGUGACAGCAGGAAGAAGUUACCCAAAGGGAGUUACCAAGUCUGAAGCAUUUGCAAAGAGCACUCUGCAGACCUGCCUGCGAAUGGGGCUCAGCACUGCUGGAUGCUCUCAAGGGAGUACAGGUUGGUUAGCAGGCAUUGAGCCUCACAAGACAAAACUUCAACAGGUUGUGUUACCCUUUCCAAAAGAGCACAGCUUCUUGGACUGCAGGAAAACAGCACCUGACACCUUCCCAGGCAUUUCACUUUAUCUACAGCUGGGGGCAGGCAGCAGCAGGCAGAACAUCAUGGUAUGGUUGCAGGGAGUUCUUGUGCUGUCUUUAGGUGCCAUUACUCAAUUACAUGGGUAAAUAUCCCCCCAAAAGCCCUGACUGAGCACAUGAAAGGCUCCUGCAUUCUC